CCGCCUGGUUCGCUCCGCGGUAAAUUCUUAUUUUCUCGUUUCCCGUCUCGUUCGUCGCUCUCUCGGUCUCGCUUUGUGAUACGAAUUUUUGUUAACGUUCUCAUUCGUCCCGAGAUCUCUUUUGAAAGUGCAGUUCCUAUCUCAAAUUGUGUGUCAUUGCAGAAAAUAUAAAACUUGCUACCACAAGUUUUUUAAAAAAAAAGCAUCAAACAGAAAACUUAUGAUCAUUGAACGUAUCUUUGCGAAUCAACGAAGUUUGGAAUAACAAGAGCCAUUGGAUCUUGAGAUGCAAGACACGGUGAUGCCGUCGGAAUAUUCCUUUUGUAGCGAGGGAGGCUUCGAUGAACUCUCGAGCUCUUCUGAUUCUGGUUUCGACGUGAGCUUUGAAUCGCCGAAACACGAAAUGCACAGCGACAAUCUUUUUCCUCCGGCUAAAGAGGAGAAACGUAAAAAACCGCGGAACACUCGUUGCAAAAGUCCUACGCAGGUGCUGAGAUUGAAGAGGAACCGGCGAAUAAAGGCGAACGACCGCGAACGUCACCGAAUGCACACCCUGAACGACGCUCUUGAACGUCUCAGGAUGGCUUUGCCGACGUUUCCGGAGGACACGAAGCUCACGAAGAUCGAGACGCUGCGAUUCGCGCACAACUACAUCUGGGCGUUGUCGCAGACGCUGGGUAAUUCCGAGAGCGGCGAGAUCACGGUCAACGUCGGCAAUGUUACCGUCAGCAUUGGCGAGAAUGGCAACAUGAUCACUUCGUCGACCGGCAGCUGCGCGGUCGCGGCUCAGAAGAGGCUCGGACCGCAGCACCCCGCGGCCUUUUCUCCUUAUCCACCUCAGGAGCGAUUUGUCGCGCCGGAAUGGCAGGAAUACGAUUGCUACAGCGACCAGAGCGUGAGUCCGCCGAUGCAGUACCAGCCCUGCUUCGAUCAGAGAAUGUACCAGGUACAUCGUUCUCAGCUGCCGCCGCCGCCGUCUCAUCAUCACAUGCCUCAUCACAAUAAUAUGUAUCAGUGUCUUUAAACGUUGACAGUGCGCGAAACAGUAAACACGUUCGAUCCUCAUACGUUCGAACGUUUGGUUUCUCUGUCUGUUAAUCUUCGUCUUUUGUCUUUCUGCUAAUUCAUAACUAGUGUUAUAAUAGAAAGAGAAAGAUUUUUCUUGGCAAUUUUGAAAAAAUUGAGUAUAUAUGUUUAUUGCUGCUGACGAGAAGUUCGCGCACUUUUCCAAAGAGCUAAUGUGGUUUGUAAAGAGGAGAGAUAAUGUACUAUGAUCAUCGUUAUCUACUUUGUAAGAGAGAGUAUUUUAUUUAAGGAGAGUCGUCGCGCGGAUUGGAUAUUUAGCUUAGUAGAAUAAAUCGAGAUGCGCAAAGAUACGUUUGCCGAAACCGACGCUUUUAAUUCAAAAUCACUACGUACGUUUUUAUAUGUUACUUUUGAAGAGUGAGCUUGAUAUAAAUGAAGCAACAAAAAAAAAGUAAAACUAUCAUUAAACGUUAAUUAGACGUAAUUAAUAUUUAAUAGAUGGUUUGCUUUUAAACAUCAUACUAUCUGCGUUCCUUUUGUUCUAGUCAUUAUUAUUAUUAUUAUUAUUAUUAUAAUUGAUCUCGAACGCUCGAUCUCAUUUUUUUUUGUUCAGGGAUAUCUUAUGUGUUUUAAGUUAUUAAGUAUAGAAAUGUAUACUACACGUUCGUCGGAAAGAGUGCUCUUAUUGU